CAUAUCGUUAUACGUUCAAAUACGACACAAACAAACUCAGCGGAAACAAGCGUCGUAAACAUUUCGGAAAUAGGAAUUGUCUAUUGUUAAUAACUUUUGGAAUACUAAAUGGAAAACUCACAUGAUCUGGACUGGAAACAAAUACGAUACGCUCUACAACCGAAACGAAUACUUUUCAUUGACCAGCCUUCAGAAUGGGUGGAAUUUCUCAACUCGUAUGAGGAAAAUAGGAACGAAUACCACGACUUUACUUCAGAACAGCUUUGUACACGAUUCCUGCAGCGGGUUUUGACAAAAAUAUAUCAAUACGAAUUGAAUGAGCAAGAAUUAUGUGUGCUACGACUCAUUGAUCUGCAUCCGAACUUUGGACAAACAGAAAUUGGUUAUAAAAAAAUCGAAGAACAAGAAAAGAUUGAUUUAAGAAAUAACGAAUUGAAUGUCAGAACCAGCAUAAUGAAAGAUGCAGGCAACGAUCUGAAUUGCCAAGUAGUGCUGACUGCAACAGAUCAACCAACGAAGUUUCAAUUGUCUGCAGAAAAUGCCGCUAUACUUUCAAUAUUUUUGAGCUCGGAUAGUGACUUGGCCAAUUGUGAGCGUUUAACGAACAUUGAAAUAUUGAGGCGACUACAUAAAAACAGAAGUAUUGAUAUGUCUUUGAGUGAUGUUAUAGAGAAGGCUACUAGUAUAUUGGAGCUCAGAGAAGCAAUUGUCAACCUUGUGCGAACAAGCAUGAUGAGUUUGGAAAACUUUUGAUCUCUGGGUUAUAUACAAAUUGGGAUAUAGAAAUAUAAACUGUGUUUGUUCGGAAGAAACUAUAAUAUAAUAUUAUGUAGAUAUAAA